CUCUCAUGGCUCGUCAAAACCACAUCGCCUCCGUUCUUCCGAAUCAAUUUCAGUGUUUCGCACAACAAACGCAUACGAAGUCGAGCGUCUUCAGCGCUUUUCUUUUCAGUUCUUCACACAGUUUUUGUAGGUAACAAGAAGCUAAAGAAUGAAUCCAGAGAAAUUCACCCACAAGACAAAUGAGACUCUUGCUGGGGCUCAUGAGCUUGCUAUGAACUCUGGCCAUGCUCAGCUCACACCACUUCACGUUGCUGUGGCUUUGAUAACUGAUCCCAAUGGCAUCCUCCGGCAAGCCAUAAUCGGUGCUGGUGGAAAUGAUGAGGCUGCCAACUCUGUUGAAAGAGUCUUUAAUAAAGCUCUGAAGAAACUCCCAACUCAGAGUCCUCCUCCAGAUGAAAUCCCAGUAAGCACUACUCUAAUCAAAAUGGUUCGAAGAGCCCAAUCUUCACAAAAGUCACGUGGUGACACCCAUUUAGCAGUUGAUCAAUUGAUUCUUGGCCUUCUUGAGGAUUCCCAAAUUGGUGAUUUGCUUAAAGAAGCCGGGGUUAGUACUUCUAGAGUGAAAUCUGAGGUUGAGAAGCUUCGAGGGAAAGAAGGUAAGAAGGUGGAAAGUGCUUCUGGGGACACUACAUUCCAGGCAUUGAAGACUUAUGGGCGUGACCUUGUUGAGCAAGCUGGAAAGCUUGACCCUGUCAUUGGCCGGGACGAAGAGAUUCGGAGGGUCAUCAGGAUUCUUUCAAGGAGGACCAAGAACAACCCUGUUCUUAUUGGAGAACCAGGUGUGGGUAAGACUGCUGUUGUUGAAGGAUUAGCUCAGAGAAUUGUAAGAGGGGACGUUCCCAGUAAUCUCGCUGAAGUGAGGCUUAUAGCAUUGGAUAUGGGUGCUUUGGUAGCUGGGGCAAAAUAUAGAGGAGAAUUCGAGGAGAGGUUGAAAUCUGUUUUGAAAGAAGUGGAAGAGGCAGAAGGGAAAGUGAUUUUAUUCAUUGAUGAAAUUCACCUUGUUCUUGGUGCUGGUCGGACUGAAGGAUCUAUGGAUGCUGCUAACUUGUUUAAGCCCAUGCUUGCCAGAGGUCAGCUACGCUGUAUCGGAGCAACGACCCUUGAGGAAUACAGAAAGUAUGUUGAGAAAGAUGCCGCUUUUGAGAGGCGGUUCCAGCAAGUUUAUGUAGCUGAGCCCAGCGUCCCUGACACAAUAAGCAUUCUUCGAGGGCUGAAAGAAAGGUAUGAAGGGCAUCAUGGUGUUCGAAUUCAGGACCGAGCUCUUGUAGUUGCAGCCCAACUAUCAAGCCGAUACAUCACUGGCCGACAUCUGCCAGACAAGGCAAUCGACCUGGUUGAUGAAGCUUGCGCCAAUGUGAGAGUUCAACUUGAUAGCCAGCCCGAAGAAAUCGACAAUUUGGAAAGGAAGAGAAUGCAAUUAGAAGUUGAACUUCAUGCUCUUGAAAAGGAGAAGGACAAAGCCAGUAAAGCUCGUCUUGUUGAAGUCCGCAGAGAGCUUGACGACUUGAGGGACAAGCUUCAACCCUUGAUGAUGAAGUACAAAAAGGAAAAAGAAAGGAUUGAUGAGCUUCGCAGGCUAAAACAGAAAAGAGAGGAGCUCAUGUUUGCUUUACAAGAGGCUGAAAGAAGAUAUGAUUUAGCCAGAGCUGCUGAUUUGCGAUAUGGGGCAAUUCAAGAAGUGGAGGCUGCUAUAGCAAACCUUGAAGGAACCACUGAUGAGAACAUGAUGUUAACAGAGACUGUUGGGCCUGAGCAGAUUGCUGAGGUGGUGAGCCGCUGGACUGGCAUCCCUGUCACUAGGCUUGGACAAAAUGAUAAAGAAAGGUUAAUUGGGCUUGCGGAGAGGCUGCAUCAGAGAGUGGUGGGACAGGAUCAGGCAGUCAGUGCUGUGGCAGAGGCUGUCUUGAGAUCGAGGGCUGGGUUAGGAAGGCCACAACAACCCACUGGUUCGUUCCUCUUCUUGGGUCCAACUGGUGUUGGUAAGACUGAGCUUGCCAAGGCCCUGGCUGAACAGCUCUUUGAUGAUGAAAAUCUUUUGGUGAGAAUUGACAUGUCCGAGUACAUGGAGCAGCAUUCAGUUUCAAGAUUGAUUGGGGCUCCUCCUGGAUAUGUUGGACAUGAUGAAGGUGGGCAACUCACAGAGGCAGUAAGAAGGAGGCCUUAUAGUGUUGUACUGUUCGAUGAAGUAGAGAAAGCACAUAUCGCUGUAUUCAAUACCCUCCUCCAGGUUUUAGACGAUGGAAGGUUAACUGAUGGCCAAGGCCGCACUGUAGACUUCACAAACACAGUGAUCAUCAUGACUUCAAACCUUGGAGCUGAGCAUCUCCUCUCGGGUUUAGUAGGCAAGUGUACAAUGCAAGAUGCUCGUGACCGGGUGAUGCAGGAGGUGAGAAGGCACUUCAGGCCAGAGUUGCUUAACCGGCUGGAUGAAAUUGUGGUAUUUGAUCCCCUCUCACAUGACCAACUGAGAAAGGUUGCCAGGCUACAAAUGAAGGAUGUUGCAAGCCGCUUGGCGGAGAGGGGCAUUGCUCUGGCUGUGACUGAUGCAGCAUUGGAUGUUGUUCUAGCAGAGAGUUAUGAUCCGGUUUACGGUGCAAGACCCAUUAGGAGAUGGCUGGAGAAGAAGGUGGUGACUGAGCUAUCAAAGAUGCUCAUAAGGGAGGAGAUCGAUGAAAACUCAACUGUUUAUAUAGAUGCGGGAGUGUCAGGAAAGGGGUUGGCGUACCGAGUAGAAAACAAUGGGGGGCUGGUGAAUGCAUCCACUGGACAAAAGUCAGACGUGUUGAUUCGGAUCCCAAACGGGCCAAGAAGCGAUGCUGCCCAAGCAGUGAAGAAGAUGAAGAUCGAAGAAAUAGAAGACGAAGAGGAUGAGAUGGAUCUAUAAAUAAAAGUUUUGUGGGCUUGCGAGUAGAAGGUGAAUGGUUUGGCUUGGUGUGUUUUUUUGUUAUUUGAAUUUUGUAAAUGCUAAAAUGGGGAUCUUUCCCUUUUGUGUACAGAUGCAGUGACCUGUAAUUGGUUUGCUCUGUUUUUGUUACCAAGUUCAAGUUUUCAAGAUCAUCAAUUGGUCACCAAUAAUUCAUCGUUACUUAUUA